CCAGUUUCAAUAUCAAUUCUCUCUCUCUCUCUCUCUCUCUCUGUUUCUCUCUCUGUGUUUCUCUGUUUCUCUCACUUCCUACAUCAAUAGCCUGAGUUCAAGUGCAAGUUGUUAAUGGUUGCGUGAAGAAGAAGUUUGGUAUAUUGGUUGUUUUUCGUUGAUAUCACUUGGGUAUUUUCUCGAAAUGGGGAAGAAAGAACUGCAAGAUCAGAAAGCCAACGAGAGAGUUGAAGCUGUCCUUAAGCUUCUCAGAAAACAAGCUCCUCUCACUGUCAAACAGGAGAAGUUCUGCACGACCGCUUGUGUUGCGCGAUUUCUGAGAGCAAAAGGUGAUAGCGUGAAGAAGUCUGCGAAGCACUUAAGGGCUUGCCUUUCUUGGAGAGGGAACAUCGGCAUAGAUAACUUGACAGCAGAUGAGUUCUCAGCUGAGCUCGUCGAAGGAGUCGCUUAUGUGGCUGGUAAUGAUGAAGAAUCCAGACCCGUUUUGGUUUUCAGGAUUAAACAAGAUUACCAGAAGUUCCAUUCUCAAAAAAUGUUCACUCGUUUGCUCGUAUUCACUCUAGAAGUAGCCAUUGGAACCAUGUCAAAAAGUGCUGAACAGCUCGUAAUCCUUUUCGACGCAAGUUUUUUCAGAUCAGCUUCAGCUUUUCUGAACUUAUUGCUGACAACGCUGAAGAUUUUGGCGGAUUACUAUCCGGGAAGGCUUUACAAGGCUUUUGUCAUCGACCCACCUUCUCUUUUUUCUUAUCUAUGGAAGGGUGUCCGUCCCUUUGUGGAGCUGUCAACGGCCACGAUGGUGGUAUCAUCGCUAGACUUUGAAGAAUCGCUAGAAUUCAAUGACUUUUCAGCCUACCCACGUGCCUCGUCCCUCAGAUUUGACACAUCGUCGAUAAAUUCGACGGCCAAGAUCGGUUCUUGCUCUUCCUCCCGAUUUUCCUUCACAGUAUCCCACCAUUUUGACUCACUCAAACCGUGGUACCUCACUUUAACUGACACCUCAUCAUACAAGGUUGGGCCCACAAGUCCAUACCCUGUGGCCCCCGCACUUAUCUCGCCACUGAACGCCCGGUCACUCUCGUUCGCAUCACCAGCUGCCAGGACUCCACGUGGCAGCGUCAACGGUGGUGGUAACCCCAGGCUCACCAGAAAAAGCUUAUUCCCAUCAACACCAUUGCCACAGCGAAGCAAGGGCAGUGAACCAAUCAAAAUCACCCAUCCUCGAACACCACGUCCCUCAUUCCUGCAAUCACCGGCCAUGUUUUUCAGGAGGGAUUGCCACGUCAGCGUCAAGACCGACAAGUCUCGAGAAUCGUUCUUACCAUUUUUAAAAUUCUACAGAAGGCCGUACGAUGAGAUGAUUUACAGGUCAAAGAUGCGGCCCCCACUCGGUGGCCUAAUCUCCAUCGUCUCUCCCCACAUCAAACGCCGCCACGUGUCAGUAUCACAACGGUUUUAAACACCACCCAGAAAGGAAACGAGAAAAAAGAAAUAGUACAUAGGGCUGACACUGAUUAAUGAAGCUAAUAAUUGAUUGAUUAUUUUGUUUAUCUCGAGUUAUGUGGUGCAUGGAUGGUUAUGCUUAUGUUUACGGUGAGCUCGUGCGGGUGAUUAAUUAAGAAGAGGCAGACUACGUGCGAGGUGGGAUGUGAAAACUUGUGCGCCAUGUCUAAUUUUGAGCUCUGUGGAAACAUAUAAUAAAUAAAGUCCACGUUUUGGGUUUUGCAUGGGAGAAAGACAGCGUGGUCGAAACGGCGAACAGUGUGUACUGCAUUGGAAAACUUACUGUACCAAGAAAACCAAAGCGUUGAAAACAAAUCUAUAUAUGUUUCAAUUCAAAGUUGAAUAUGUUAAUAUAUAUUGAAUAUUAUUUUUCCUGUGAA